UCGUUUGACACCUCAACCGCACUGCUUCACCAACAUGUCUCUCGGACGAGCUGCCAGGUGUUUGGUGAAACCAGUCCGGGGCGUCCUGCGGCCCUCGGCCUCGGCUCUGAACCGGAGCUACUCCGCUGUCGCUGAAGCCAGAGCAGUGCUGGAGCACGAGCUCGAAGGUAUCCGAGCGGCUGGGACUUGGAAAGCGGAGAGGAUUAUCACGUCGGAGCAGGGUCCUAAAAUCACCGUGGGAGGCAGUCAUAGCAGCAUAUUAAAUUUCUGUGCCAACAACUACCUGGGACUGUCUAGUCAUCCAGAGGUGGUGCAGGCAGGGAUUGAUGCUCUUAAGUCACACGGUGCUGGAUUAAGCUCUGUCCGAUUCAUCUGCGGCACACAGGAUCUACACAAAAAUCUGGAGCGGAAGCUGGCAGAGUUUCACGAAAGGGAGGACUGCAUCCUCUAUGCUAGCUGUUUUGAUGCCAACGCUGGACUGUUUGAGGUUCUGCUGGGUCCAGAUGACGCAGUACUGUCUGAUGAGCUAAACCACGCCUCCAUUAUCGAUGGGAUCCGUCUGUGUCGGGCAAAGAGGCUACGCUACAAACACAUGGACCUCAGUGAUCUGGAGAACAAGCUCAAAGAGUCUCAGUCAUCUCGUAUGCGCCUGAUAGUGACAGAUGGAGUCUUCUCUAUGGAUGGAGACGUGGCGCCCUUAACAGGAAUCUGCAACCUGGCUGAACAGUAUGGAGCCAUGGUGUUUAUAGAUGAAUGCCAUGCCACAGGUUUCCUGGGGUCCAGGGGCAGAGGGACAGACGAGCUCCUGGGAGUGAUGGACAGAGUUCACAUUGUAAACUCCACCCUGGGGAAAGCACUGGGAGGAGCAGCUGGUGGCUACACAGUUGGCCCUAAGCCUCUCAUUGACCUGCUCAGGCAGCGCUCGCGGCCGUACCUGUUCUCCAACUCCCUCCCCCCUCCUGUGGUGGGCUGUGCCACCCGGGCUGUGGAGCUGUUGCUCGCUUCCAGUGAGAUUGCGCAGAGCAUGACGGCCAAAACCAUGAGGUUCAGGAACAAGAUGACGCAGGCUGGCUUCACCAUUGCAGGCUCGGCUCACCCCAUCUGUCCAGUGAUGCUGGGCGACGCACGGCUGGCCUCUCUGAUGGCCGAUGAUAUGCUGAAGCUAGGGGUGUAUGUGAUUGGAUUCUCCUACCCAGUCGUACCAAAGGGGAAAGCCAGAAUCCGCGUUCAGAUAUCAGCCGCCCACACAGACGAAGACAUCGACCACUGUGUCGACGCUUUCAUCCAGACGGGCAGAAAGCAUGGAGUCGUCUCCUGAAUAGGACAAAUAAGCAGGAAUCAAAAACACCCAGCAAGCAACAUGAUUUACUGAAAAAUGUUGAACCGCUUGCUCCUGCAGAUCAUAGUGCCUGUUACUCAAGACCUUGAUGGAAAUAUUAGUUACAUUUGUAGGUCAACAGAGGAUAAUCUUAUUGUAGUGUUUGCUUAGCUAAAUAAAGUACUUUUGCUAA